GACGACAACCACUUCUUUUCCGACCUGCGUCACACUGUUAGGUCGGUCUCCGGCCGGCUGCUCGGACUCUUCGGGCUGCGGCAGGCGGCCGCGCGCGCGCGCGCGGACAUCGGCGACGCGGACGCGAACCUGGACAGCCUGAUCGACGAGGCGGAGCUCGCGGCCGCGCUCAAGGACAACGCGCGCGCAUACGAGCUGCUUAAGGCGACCGGGCCGAAGGAGAUUCUGGCCAAGUACGACGUCGAUCGGAACGGACUGCUCGACAAGUCGGAGGUGACUUCGAUUCUAAAGGAACUAGCGCUGAGAGAGGCCGAGAUCCACGACGACAUAGAGAAGGUGCAAGCGGCGGCCCCGCUCGAGAAACUCGACGCGCGAAAAAGCCGCGGGGCGCGCCAGGCCGCGGCGCUGGCGGAGGUUGCGAAGGCGGGGGUUGAGGGUUUAGAAAAGCCGGGGGCGGAUGGGCUGGGAGACGCGCAGUUGCGGGCGAUCAGUGGUUUAGAGCAACGGCUGGAGAGAGUCGAAGGACAGUUGAACGAGUUGAACCGCAGCCUUAGCAAGAAGCUCGGCAUACUAGUAGACUUGGUCAUGGCGCAGGCUGACCAGAGCAGUCUAGACGGCUCUUUACCCGGGGCCUCUAGCCGAAGCCCUAGCAGGCUAGAUCAGGAGUUCAGUAGGAGCCCAAGCCGGCUAGGGAACAGUCCGGGUACAAGAGCUUCUAGCAGAGUCGGGUUUUCAGAGUUCUGAAGAGUACAGUAAAGCCGAAAACCACGUCGAAAGGAUGUGGGGCGGAGCCCGCGCGCGUUUAUAUGCGUCUAGCUGCUAAGCCAUAAGAAUUGUCGACACAGGAUGCUAAAGCCCCUCCAUAUCUUUGACAGAGUAAGUAGUU